GCUCCCGCUAGGUCCGCCUCCUGCGGAGAGAAGAAGGGGAGUCCUUACUGCCUGCGGACCCCGGGGUCUGGGGCGGAACACACGCUCCUCUGCAUCUGCGGGUUCCUCAAGAUGUCAACCUCAGUCCCACAAGGCCAUAACUGGACCAGACAGGUGAAGAAGGAUGACGAGGAAGAAGACCCACUGGACCAGCUGAUCACCCGCUCUGGCUGUGCUGCCUCCCACUUUGCAGUUCAAGAAUGCAUGGCCCAGCACCAGGACUGGCGCCAGUGCCAGCCGCAAGUGCAGGCUUUCAGGGAUUGCAUGAGUGCACAGCAGUCCAGGCGACGGGCGGAGCUGCAGAGGAGGAAAGAGCAAGCCAGUGCCCAGCACUGAGACCUUAAACCAUCUCACAGCGUGGGCCCGAUGAAGUCAGCACCCAGAGAGACCUGGGAAGAAGGACCCUCAGUAAUAGAAGUGCAGUACAGGAGGUGUAAAUCUGGGGACAGCCUCUGGGACUAGGAUUGACAGCCAGACACCAUGAGUUCGUACUCGACAGUGACCAUGAGCUGUUUUACUCAAUGGUCAGAUGACAUAUAUCCUCGCCUUUCUUGUUCUACCAAUAUCUGUAUUUACAGCAACAUUCCAUCCACCCUCCCUCUCAGAGUCUGUGCGCCAAGUACCUUAUGAGUACAUACACAGCUAAAGAAAAGUGGGUUGCCCAAUCAGGCCUUCAUUUUCCAAUCACAAAUUUAACAGCAGAAAGUGUUCCUUAGGCAUUGUGUUGGUGAUGUGCAAUUUGAAGAGGAAUGUGACUUCCCUGUUGCUGAGAGACUAGUGUGAGAGGCAGAAAUAAAACAACACCAAAGGAGCAAACUCA